CACUUCGUUUCGCAGAAUUUCAUAUCACAGCCCAUUUUCCGCUUCAGUUUUUCAUCAUUAUUCUCGCCGGCGGUACUCUUCUAACUACCAAGAAUCCGCCUCCUUCAACAUUAAUCCAAAUCCCCGUCCCACUCUCCUUUCUCGCUCUUCAAUUUUAUUAUUAUUAUUUAAAAAACAGAGAAACAACGGAACGAAGCAGAGGAGCCCUUCGUCUGUGCUUCCGUAGUUUUUAUCAUCAUCUUCUUCGUCUCUCCCAUGGCGACCCAUGAAAAUGAAAGGACCAUCCAAGAAGAACUCUCCUUGCCCAUUUUGCUGGGAGACAGAGUUAUCAAAGCCGCCCAAGAGGCCGAAUCCUUGAAGCCUGACUGCUCCGAACUCGCCAGGCAAGUGGAACCCCUCUCUGCCAUGCUCCGAUCCGUCGUCCGACUCGCCUCCACUGCUCCCUCUCUCUACGAGCCACCCGUUCGCCGGAUUGUUGCCGAAGUCUCCAAGAACCUCGAACGGGCCCUAACCCUUGUCCGCAAGUGUAAGAAACACAGUGGUGUCCUCCGUCAAGUUUUCUCCAUAACCUCCACCGCUGACUUCCGAAAGGUUUCGAACCUUCUCGAAUCUUCUAUCGGUGACAUGAAGUGGCUUCUCAGUAUCUUUGAUUCCGACGGUGGUACCGACUUGACUCUCCCUCCGAUCGCUAGCAACGACCCGAUUCUCGCUUGGGUUUGGUCCUACACAGCCACGAUUCAAAUGGGUCAGCUCAAGGACCGAGCCGAGGCGGCCAACGAGCUCGCUUCCAUCGCUAAAGAUAACGAGCGCAACAAGAUUAUUAUCAUGGAAGAAAGUGGUAUUCUGCCUUUGCUGAAGUUGCUGAAGGAGUCUGCUUCCCCCGAUGCUCAACUUGCCGCUGCUAAUGCUUUGGUCUAUAUCGCUACCGACCAAGAGAGAGUAGUCGAGUUCAUCGUAGAAUCGCUUGGGGUUCCGAUCAUUGUCCAGGUUCUCGGCGACUCUCCGAUGAGGGUUCAGGUUUCUGUUGCAAAUUUGGUGUCAAAGAUGGCAGAACAGGGUCCAAUUGCUCAGGAGGAGCUUGUGAGAGCGAAUGUGACUAGACCACUGAUUUCCUUGUUGUCCAUGGAUACGGUUCUUAGUGACCACAUGCUUCAGGCAGGUAGAGCAAGUAUUCAUUCACUGGUCGUGAAUUUGUCAUCUUCUGGUCAAUCGUCGUUUUCUACGAAUUCUGAUCAUGGAAGUAGCAGAGGAAGCGGGCAUUACAGAAGGGAAAGGGAGGUUGAGAGUUCUGAGAUGAAGAAAAAGAUCAAAAUAAGUUGUGCAGAGGCCUUGUGGAAACUCUCUAGAGGGAGUCUAUCAACCAGCAGGAAAAUUACGGAGACCAAAGGUUUGCUUUGUUUGGCUAAAAUGAUUGAGACAGAAACAGGUGAAUUGCAGGUGAAUUGCCUUAUGGCGAUCAUGGAGAUAGCUGCAGUAGCAGAAUCCAAUGCUGACUUUAGAAGGGUGGCUUUUAAACCUACUGCUCCAGCUGCAAAAGCAGUUUUGGAUCAGCUUUUGAGAGUGGUUCAGCAGGAGAACAAUCCGGCGUUGCAAAUUCCUGCCAUUAAAUCAAUUGGGUCAGUGGCUCGAAACUUUCCUGGAAAAGUUCCACAAAUUAUUGGUCCUUUAGUUGCUCAACUUGGUAAUAGGGAUGUAGAUGUAGCCAUUGAAGCUGCUAUUGCUUUGGGUAAAUUUGUAUGCCCUGACAACUACAAUUUUGCCUAUCAUUCUAACACAAUAAUGGAGUUCAACGGGGUUCCUAGUCUAAUGAGACUGCUUCGGAUUAAUGAUCGUGCCAAAAAGCAUGGCCUAGUUCUACUUUGUUACCUUGCCAUUAAUGUAGGCAAUAGUAAGGUUCUUGAGCAAGAACAUGCAUUGAGUACUCUGGAGGGGCUAGCUCGUCCUGUUGCAGCUCAACAUCCUGAGUUGAGGGAUCUCUUCGGAAAAGCCAUUCACAACCUCACUCUUUAUCAAACGGGAGCUCAAUUGCACAGAUAGCCUUUUCUUUCAUAAUCGAUCCCGGUUCUGAAAGUGUUUCAAAUAAGCGGGAGUGUAUUUAUACUGAAUUUAUUAACAAUGCGAAGUUGCAAAGUUCCAUGCAAUCCCCAUUAUUAUUGAAGUAAGGCUAUGGACCAUGGACUUCUGAUUGAUCAUACAAGUCAUUCAUCUGUUGGCUUGGUAUAACUUAAUCUUCAAGGAAACAUGUGAAUGUACAAACUUUCAGUCCAGAAGUAUUCACACAUAAUGUAACUUUCUUUGGUAAUCUCUUGCCCUUGGAUCUUGCUAUGCGCUUUCAUGCUUGCGUACAUGCGUGGCCGCACAUGUCCCUUUCUUCUCUUCCUCUGAAAAUGUCAUAUAUAUAACAUGGUUAUAAUUUGUCUUAGACUUUUUAGACUUGGUUGGUUGAACUAGUAUUAACAUUAUAUAAGCCUACAAGGCUGCUGUUGCUGGUAGUCUUUUGCUCUACUCGUAUAGAAUGGAGUAUGAUUUAUACAUUCCCUCCUUUUAAUAGACGGCGCUGAUGGAUUUGGUGCAUCCAAUGACUUUAUUGGUUUUACUUACUUUUUUCA